AAGCGGAAGUGCCCGUGUCACCUGAAUUGCAAGGGCUGCUUCCUGGAGUGGAGAUGGCCGCGCUGGCUCCCCUUCCUCCGCUCCCGCCGCCGUUUAAGAGCAUUCAGCACCAUCUGAGGACGGCGCAGGAGCACGACAAGCGGGACCCGGUGGUGGCCUACUACUGCCGUCUGUAUGCUAUGCAAACUGGGAUGAAGAUUGACAGCAAAACUCCUGAAUGUCGUAAAUUUUUAUCAAAGCUUAUGGACCAGUUAGAAGCUCUUAAGAAACAGUUGGGUGAUAAUGAAGCUAUAACUCAAGAAAUAGUUGGUUGUGCCCAUUUGGAGAAUUAUGCUUUGAAAAUGUUUUUGUAUGCAGACAAUGAAGAUCGGGCUGGGCGAUUUCACAAAAACAUGAUCAAGUCCUUCUACACUGCAAGCCUUUUAAUAGAUGUCAUAACCGUAUUUGGAGAACUCACUGAUGAAAAUGUAAAACACAGAAAGUAUGCGCGAUGGAAGGCCACAUACAUCCAUAACUGUCUAAAGAAUGGGGAGACGCCUCAAGCAGGCCCUGUUGGAAUUGAUGAGGACAACGAUGUUGAAGAAAAUGAAGAUGCAGGAGCAAGCGCUCUGCCCUCUCAGCCACCCGAGCUGUCAUCCUCUUCAGCAUAUGACCCAAGCCACAUGCCAGCAGGCAGCUUUACUGGAAUCCAGAUUCCUCCAGGUGCACACGCUCCCGCCAACACACCUGCAGAAGUGCCGCACAGCACAGGUGUCACAAGUAAUACUGCCCAGCCUGCCCCACAGACUAUUCCAGCCAUCGAUCCUGCACUGUUCAGUACAAUUUCCCAGGGGGACAUCCGCCUCACUCCCGAGGACUUCGCGAGAGCUCAGAAGUACUGCAAAUACGCUGGCAGCGCUUUGCAGUAUGAAGAUGUGAGCACCGCUGUACAGAAUCUGCAGAAGGCCCUCAGGUUGCUGACGACAGGCAGAGAAUGAAGCCUUUGUGCAGCAGGAGAGAGCCAUGUAUUCUUGGCAUAAGGAACUAAUAGUCCAUUACUGUAUCCUCAGCCUAUCAGGAGCCCAAUUUUAAGGAAGACUUUGGUUCCAUUGACUAUGACGGUGACUCUAUGUGUAUCAGAUUCCUAUUGAAGCAUUCAGCAGCAGCCCCAGCCAAUUUCAUGGUCCACUUAGUGGAUCCAAUAAUUCCUGAGUACGUAAGGCUGAUGUUAGCAAGAUCCUAAAAAUGUCCAUUGAACCUUGCUUCAGAAAAUGAAGACACACCUUUACAAAAUCAUGUUGGGACUAACUUUCCUAGUUUACACACAUUAAAAGAUUUUUUUAAUGGAAAAAAUAAACCAUAGUACUUUUCACAAAAUUCUAAGUUUAACUUUUAAUACAAAUUGCCAGAAUAUUCUAGGUUAGAGGUCAUGUUUUUGUCUUCCUCAAGAUUUAUAGAACAAAUAUGAAUAUCCAAAAAUGUUAGAUGAAUCCAAAAGAGAUUGUGUUCAACCUCAGUUUAUAUUCAUGUCAGAUAUUAUUGUUAGAAAUUUUAAAUUUCACAGAAGGAAAUACGAAGUAGAAUCUCUCUUAGAUUUCUGGAUGUUAGUUUCCAACUUCUUGCCCCUAACCCAUUGAAGUGUAAGGUGAAUUGGUGUUUGCUUCAUAGGCAGUUUGAAUGCAUGUAUUAAGAAACAAAUUUGUAGUGAUUCCUGACAACUUGAUGCUUUAAGUUAAGCUUCUUCUCUGCUGCUGUGGAGUGGGUUCCAUAUCUAUGUGUAUAGAUGGACAAUACAGGAGACUGUGGGUCUUCAGAUUCUGUUAGAAGAUUCAUAAGUUUUGUGGAGGCUUAUGGACUUAUGUACCACCUGCAAUUGUGCUGAGGAAAAAAAUAAAAUGCAAGGGUUCUUUAACUAGUUUAACUUAGGACAGAGCCAAGUGUCUGUAUUGAUUUGCAUGAUAGGAUUGUCCUUUUUUUUAAGUGUUUAUAUUUAGUUGCAGAAUUACAGAUGCUUCUCUAGUAAAAAAAAAAAAGUUGAUAAAAAUAUGUAUUUGUCAAAUUUUCAUGAAACAUGUAUAGUCCACUUCAAUAGGCCACUUGGCUAGGAAGCCUUUAGGGGUUGGCAGGCUCUGAGAGGGUAACUUGUUACAUACGGUGUUCGUGGUAUAUAACCAUACCCACUCGUGAAAGUUGCUUUCUAUAGCUGCAAAGUUGUUGGACUUGCAGGGAUGUUUACUAUCUAUAUAGUCCUUUAGAAAGAAAAAAAAAGUUUACUGACACCUAUUUUAACUAUCUCAUUGAAAGAAAGUGAAUCACUAACUCGUAGUCAUUUGUGAUUGUUUUCUCUACAUAAAUGUGUUUGUUAACAUGAAUAAUCAGACUGAAUGAACUUUUCUAAAUUACUUUUAAAAGUCCCAGAAGACGUAAUCUCCUUUAAAAAAAAAUUUUUUAAUAUCUUUUCACAAAGAGAUUGGCUGAAUUCAGCAUUUGCUUCUGGAUAUCCAGUGCUCUGGGAUAGUCUAUGGAACAUCGUUAUAAUUGACAACUGGCUAGAAUGAUUCCAAAAGAGUUAAAUAUAAGCAAACUUUAAUUCAAACCUUAUUUAUACACUGAAAAUAAAAAUAUCUCCUGUUUCAUACUCCCAGUAGAAGAGCACAGGGCAGGAAGGGUGCAAGACUAUGACUGGGCUACAUGGUACCUCAAAACGCUGCUCAGUUUAUAUACUGAACAGGAAGUGCUUAGCCCAAUAAAUGUUUAUUGUUCAUCUUCGUGCUGUAAUAUAAUGUGAAUGUUAAAAUUUUACUUCCCAAAUACCAGGGAACCUCAGUUUUCUUCAUGGCCCAAUGUCUGAAAAUGCUUUCUUGCCUGAGUAGACUGGACUUCAUACUAUUUUCUUACUUUGUAUUUGGUUUUCUGUAAAAGCUGAUGAUAAAAUUCAGAUUCAUUCUGAUGUAACACUAGGAUACAUAACUUCUGUUCAUUCAGCAUCUAUUCACUGAGCAGCUACAAAGAACCUAUUUUUCCUUACAAAAAGAAGUAGGAAAAAAUUCUCUGCCUCAGAGUUUAGGUUCUAAUGGGGAAAGAACAGACCUCUUUAAUAAAAGUAUAUCAUAUAUUAUAUUUGA